GCGGCGCGGCCCCGCCAUUGGCGGCGGCCGCACGGCGAUAGGCGCACGGCGCGGUCAGUGCCGGCCGGCCCCGCCCCGCCGCGGCUUUAUAACGGGCAUCCCCAUGGCCGAGGCGGGGAACCUGCUGCCGGGGGACCGGCUGCGCCGCACCGCCCGAGAGAGCCGCCUCUGGUGGCCGCAGAGCCGCGCCGCCCCGAGGGACGAAGAUGCCGCGGGCCUGGCGCAGCGCGGGGGCUCGCCCGUUCCUGCUGGCGCUGCUGCUGGUGCAUCUGCCGCCGGGCCGCAGCCACCGAGCCACGGGGCCCCGGUUUUUAAUAAGCGACCGUGACAGAGACCCGCAGUGUAACCUGCACUGCUCCAGGUCCCAGUCCAAAGCGCUGUGUGCCUCUGACGGCAGAACCUACGAGUCCAUGUGCGACUACCAGAGAGCCAAGUGCCGCGAGCCGAGCCUGAGCGUCGCUCAUCGUGGCCGCUGCAAAGAUGCUGGCCAAAGCAAGUGUCGAUUAGAGAGAGCUCAAGCACUGGAACAGGCAAAGAAGCCUCAGGAAGCAGUCUUCAUCCCAGAAUGCAAUGAGGAUGGAUCGUUCAUGCAGGUGCAGUGCCAUACCUACACUGGAUACUGCUGGUGUGUGACACCUGAUGGAAAGCCUAUUAGCGGCUCUUCUGUACAGAACAAAACUCCUGUAUGUUCAGGUUCUGUAACUGAUAAACCAUCAAGCCAGGGUAAUUCGGGAAGGAAAGUUUCUUUUCGAUUCUUUCUAACCCUCAAUUCAGAUGAUGGUUCGAAGCCAACGCCUACCAUGGAAACCCAGCCUAUUUUCGAUGGAGAAGAAAUCACAGCACCCACCCUUUGGAUUAAGCACUUGGUCAUCAAAGAUUCCAAAAUGAACAACUCUAAUAUAAGGAAUUCAGAAAAAGUUCACUCCUGUGACCAGGAGAGGCAGAGCGCCUUGGAGGAGGCCAGGCAGAACCCCCGGGAGGGGAUCGUCAUCCCCGAGUGCGCUCCUGGAGGACUUUACAAACCAGUGCAAUGCCACCAGUCGACUGGGUACUGCUGGUGUGUCCUGGUGGACACGGGACGUCCCCUGCCUGGUACUUCCACACGGUAUGAGACCCCAGUGUGUGAAAGUGAUGCCAGAUCGAAGAGCACAGAGAUUGAUGAUCCCUUCAAGGACAGAGAACUUCCAGGCUGCCCAGAAGGGAAGAAAGUUGAAUUUAUUACCAGCUUACUUGAUGCUCUGACUACGGACAUGGUACAGGCUAUUAACUCAGCAGCACCUACUGGGGGUGGGAGGUUCUCUGAGCCAGACCCCAGCCACACACUAGAGGAGCGAGUGGUGCACUGGUAUUUCAGCCAGCUGGACAACAACAGCAGCAAUGACAUCAACAAGCGGGAGCUAAAGCCUUUCAAGCGUUAUGUGAAGAAGAAAGCCAAGCCCAAGAAAUGUGCCCGGCGUUUCACUGACUACUGUGACCUCAACAAGGACAAGUCCAUCUCGCUUCAAGAGCUGAAAGGGUGUUUGGGAGUCAGCAAGGAAGGAGGUAGCCUGAGCAGUUUGCCCAAUGGAAAAAGACAAGGCCUCAACCCUUUCAUAGGUCGCCUGGUGUAGCAGCAGAAGACAAGAAGGGAAGGCAGGAGCUGACCCCAGGAAGAAGAGAUCCAGUGACAGACAGACAGACACCUUGCUGCUUGUGAGCAAGCACGCAGCAUCAGCAACAUCCAGCGUAGCAGAAGUGGCACCCAGAACGUUUGCACUUUUAAAAAAUUGGUUUGGAUUUUUUUUUAAUUGCUUUUCAAUGCCAUUAUCUAAUACUUUGGAAAGUGGAGGGAAGCAGGAUCAUGGCUUUUUAAAAUUGGAACAGCUACUGAUGAUGUAAAAUUGAGUUCACUGGAACUCAAAGAAUUUUAUAUACUGUAUAUAAAUAUAUAUGUAAAUUGUACAGUUGUCUUGUACAGGGGUUGGAGUCACUGUUCUGUUCCUCUCUUUGCUUUUGAAGGCUGUUAGGGUUAGAGGGACUCUUUGCAUUUAAUGGAUUAUAGUAAUGCAUUCAUUUCUGCCACCAAACCAUCAUUCAGUGGUGAGCCUUAACAGCACCUCCAUGCAGGAAGGAGCCAGUGUAUCAGCAUGAAUUCUUGCAGAUGUGCACACAGUGCCUCAGAUAUCAAAUGCUUCUUGAGAGCAGCUGAACCCCUUUUUUUACCAUAAAGCUCUCUGCAACCCAGGCAAUUGGGCUGGGCAAUUGAGAGCACAGAUUUCAUGUAAGUAUUGGUGCACUGCAAAGCUGCUUAAAGUAGGGAUAGAAAAGGGUUCUAUUAGGGAUGUACAAUAGUAGUGUGUGCACCUGUUGCAAGUUGGGCAGAAAUUAAAUACAAAUGCAUUGCUAUUCAUGCUCAGAUAACAUGCUUAGCAAAGAUGCUCCAUGCCUCUGGAAUCUAAAGCUGUAAGAAAGGUGUGGGAGCCAUAGGCCUAGUAGAGUCAGUGGAGUGAAGUCUUGCAUCUUCUGCUCUGGCAAAAAGUGUUCAUCUGUAUGUUGUACAGCAAUAAACAUUUGGAGAAGCCUGCUAAAAGCAGCAUUAGCCUGCCUUGUGCUUUGCUGAAGAGCAAAGGACUUACUUGUCAGUGCAGACAGACACAUUUGCUGCUGUCCCCAGGAGUCUGCUUUACUUAUGUUUCAGCAGUACAGCUUGGGCCAUGCUCACUGGUGAAGGUCUGCCAGCAGUGGCUUUCUUGUCCUUGGUGGUUGUGAAUCCAAGCUCUCCUCCUGCACAGUGGUGUGCCUGCCCACUUUGCCUGGUUUGCUGUUGCCAGUACCUCCUGGGUGCUGUGGCACUGGGGUGUGAUUAGCAGUGACAGUGAAGGCUUGGAGAGAGGAGUCUGGUGUUCUCGGAGGCCACAGGGGCUGUGUCAAGCACUAGCAGUUUUAGUAGAGUAGUUUUUUUUGGCAGGGGUGCCCAUAUCAGCAAUCCUAGAUUUGGGCAGUGUGAUGGGACACUCAGAGUUUUGUUUUGUGUAUUUCCAACCACUGGCAGCACUCGCCUGUUCUGAGCAGCCUCCCACUUCUGAUCCUUCUGCCACUUAUCUCUGGACCAAGAACCUGUUAGAAGAAACUGUAGUGAAGAUGAUGAAAUAACAUGUUAAUAUGAGAUCACACCAACAAUUACUUGUAACAGCAAUAGGUAACUUCAGAGACUGGACUCAUCCUUCAGGGCUCUCUUGUUUUGGUAAAAGAUGAUACAACGCAGCACCUUCACUCUGUCAUGUCAUUGUGGCAAUAGCAUGAGAUAAAUACAGCACCAAAAUAAAGUGUCCUGAUGCAGUAAGUUAGUGCUUGUUGACAAAAUUGAAAGUUAAAUAAAAUAAAAACUAACAAGCCUUUCUAUAAAUAGCUGUUUAAGAGUAGUAAUAACUCUUCCUCUGGGAAGUAUAUUGGAGCUAAUUAAAGCAUAUGGCAUGGUUAAAAACGCUUCUGGUAAUAUCUGAAAUAUACAUCAUACCAUAAUAAUACAGCAAAGUAAUCUCUUUAGCAAGAGCAGAUCCUGCUGCUGGAUCUUCAUGGUUUCUCACAUACAAUGUAUGUGCUUUUUUGGCCUGCAAGCUCCCACCUUCUUGAUUGCUUCUUCUUAUCUUGUUCUUUGGGUGGUUUUUUUUGUUUUGUUUUGUUUUUUUUCUUUUUUUUUUUUUUGUUUAUGGGGGUUGUUUUGUUUUGUUUUAGUGCCCUGGGCACAUCUUUUGUGUGUUGAAAUAAUUUGGUUUAGUGUAUAGUUAGAAAUGUCCAUGCCACACUCACUAAUCCUAUUGUAGGGAGUAAAGAAUAAAACCAACUGUAUAAAAAAAAAAAACAAAACUCUUCUCUAUUUUAAUAUUCUAGUUUUAGGAAUUAAAAAUUCUGACUGCUAGGUUGGAUGGUGUUUGGUGGUUUGGAGUUUUUUGGGUUUUCGGGGGUGGGAUUUUUCUUUGGUUGGGUUUUUUUUAAUGUAUAGUUCUACCCAGCAGAAACAGACAAUUGUAUGUCUCUAGGAAUUCUCUCAGCCAAGCACUGGGGCUGGGAAAUGCCCCACAAGAUUGUGAGGGGACUGCAGACCUGCUAAAACUCACUGCAUUUUCUUCUGGGAAUAAACCAGCCAGUCACCACUCCUGCUUGUUAUAUAAAUCCUUCUGCUGACCUCCUUUUUCUCAUCCUUGUGCCCUUCCCCUCCAAAAGGCCUGCAUUCACAUGUUGUUUGCAACUGAAAUUGGGUCAGUUCUUCAAGGAAGGCAAACACAGGGUGGCUGUUGGUUAACUUUGGUAUUUGUGGGUAUUCCUGUUGCUAGGCUAGGGCUGACUUUAUGGAUGGAUUGGGGGCCAGGCAUUACAUUGCUUUCCUCUGUCACAAGGCAAUUCCAAGUCCCUGAAUCCUGACUUGCUGAAUUUGCGUGGUCUCCGAGCAGCUUCUGGCAGGGCCAACCAGCACGAUUGUGUAAUGUCCAGUAGAGGUCAGGUUUCUUGUUCUGGGUUUGUGUUGGAGGAUUGUGCAGACCACGCUGGUCCUGACUGACACAGCCCAUGCUGUGAGCUGUCCAACAACCUGUGCUUGUCAGAUGAGAGCAGUGCCUCAGCUGCCUUUUUCCCUCUCGGUUUUAUUGCUACUCCACCUGCCUGCUAGGCCAAACCAUCCUCAUCUGGUGGUUGUAAGCAAUCUUCAUCUCUGCCUUACAUCAGUAGCAUCUUUCUGAAGCUGGGACACAGGGAGUGUCAGUGUUGUGUCUGAAAGCAGACCCUGGGCAUGUGUCUCCUCCUCCUUCAAGUCCUGCUGGGCCUCUCCAGCUCUGCUUUGAAUGACGGCUGAAAACGGCUGGGACAGAGAAGAGAACCAGGACUCGACAGUGCAAGUCAUCUGUUUGUCCUGCCAGAAGUAAAAAAUCAUUCUUUCUUGCUGAUCUUCCAAGGACAUAGUGUGUUGUAGGAAAUUGCAUUUCAGUGGGAUUCAUUUGUGUGAAGGCACUGCUUUCCAUGGCCUGAGUUUAUAUUGAACUUAUCCUGCCCCAGCACAUUUCUGCCUCUGGUAAAUUUGUUAAACUGAAAGGCAUCUGUUUGGUUUUGGUUUUGUAAUAAAAUAGAUAAUUUUGGCUCCAGUGUCUUGUGGUGGUUACUUGUUGAAUCUUGAUUUCCAGUUAUUCCUACAGUGCUGUAGGAGAGGGAAGGGGACUUUGCUCCUUGCAGAGUCAAGUGUCAGUCGGUGGUUGGGUUUGGAGGUCUGUGAUGUUUCUCCCUGGUGUGUAGCCUCCAGGCUGAAUUAAAACAAGCUCCAGAGUGCAUCUCUGUGGUUUGAUGACAGCUGUCUGAAUCUGCCCAGCCUGCUUAGAAAGGCUGUGAAGCUUCAGCAGGAGAUGAUUGUAGAAGGUGGGCUGUGGGACAGUCUCCCCACACCACAGGCAGGAGACAGGCUCUGCACCUUGCAUGUCCUCACAGCUCCCUUUCACCUGGGAGCCUCAUACUUUACUUUGCAAGUCAUGCCUUGCUACAUGGGAGCCUGAAAUAGUAUCUUUUAGCUGUUGUCCAAAACCUUUUGAUCCUCAAAGAUGGUGAGUAACAAGCCAUGCUGGAAAGCUGCUGCUGUUGUAAAACAGGUUUUUCUAGGCUACAAGGAAGGGCAAUUCAUCAGAGGCUGCAGCACCAGGUUCAUGGCAGAGGAGGCCACACACUGCUCCUUCCAAGUGCAUUUGACCAGCUUUGUCAUCACUGUCAUUUCACUUGAUCACAUGUAAAUCUUUUGCAAUGAGUAAGGAGCCAACUCAUUUAUUGCACAUGGAAGGCAAGGCAAAUGCAGUCCCAGGGGAGGGUUUCUGCUUGUAUGGUAGUCACAGGCUGGAUUGUUUGUAGGUGGUCAGAGAGAGCUCUGCUAAGUCUUUCAGUGCAAAUUCAACAAUAAAAGAGGGAAAUGCAGAGGUGUGACAGCCAGUGUGCAUCUGUCAAGAAUGAACUGGCCAGCCAAGUUAAUUUCCUUGUAUUACCAAGGGUAACAAGUUCUGGGGCUAAGGGAAGAGCAGUAAUUGUUAUUUCUGGGGUCCUGCAAGACUUAAACCAGAAAAAGGAUAUUUUGAAAAAGAAAAUACCUAUUCCUUGGCCAUGCUUCCUGGUUGUGGAGGGGAUAUAAGGUACUGAAGAGGCCUUCCCUUGAGGGUACUCAAGGCCCUCUCCUUGGCAGUGCUGCCAUUCUGUACCCAAGUCAAAAGGACUGAAAAGGGCUUGUUUCUGCCUCUGCUUCCACCAGUGAUACUGCCAUUCUCUUCCUUCUCCCCCAGCCUUUUUUCCUCUUAUCUGUGACAUAACUAACAAAAUUAACAUGCAGAAUGUUGAUCUUCUGAAUUCUCAGCUGCCAGCCCUUACAAGCCAUUUCUGGGAAAAUACCUUGGAAACUUAGUUUCCUUAGUUUGGAAAACACCUUGAAUAGGAAAUGGGUUUGAAAAAUGCCAGCUUAGGAACCAGGAGUCUUAACAGCAAGUGUUUUGUAUGGUUUGCCAGAAAAUCCAAGACUGGCUACUUUGGAAAGCAAUUGUGCUUUUUGUAAUUCUGCUGAGGGCCUUCUUACUGAUGGUAAUGUGGGUUUUGUUAUUCAAAGGGACCUUGUCUGUGCAGUCCAGGAGUUGUCUAGCUUUCCUUCAGAAAACGCCUCAAACUCUAUGCUAUGUGUUGUAGCACAAACCUAUAUCCCCAUCUCCUGCAAAAGCGUAAAUGAACAUUUAUUCCACAUUAUGGUUUCUUUCAGCACAUUGGGACUGGGCUGAGCAUCUCCAGCUGAGGUGGAGGAGCCAUGGCCCAGCGUGUGCUCAGUCAGCCCACGGACAGGCAGUGGUGGUGGGUGGCUCUGUGCCCCAGCUGAGCUGGACCUGCAGUGUGCUGCAGGCUCAGGUGUGCACUGGGCAAUGAGGGAGGCAGCUGCUUGUGGUUGAGUGGAGAUGGAGGUUUCCACACCUUGCCUCCUCUCUGGUGCCAGCAGGAAUAGCUCUGGUCUCCUGCAUAUGACUCAUGACUAGGUGGCCCCAGUUUGGACCUCAGAGUAGUUUCUUGGUGCAAGAUCUGGGAGUCUCAAGUACAGAUGAAUACAGCUCUCCUUAUUAAAAUAAAGAAAUUCAGUCCCAGUACAAAACAGAUCCUUAACUCAUUGCUUUAUGGUGUGUGAACAAAGGACUCUGGUGAAACAAGUUCUCUCUGUAGCAUCUCUAUGCUGUACUUCAAGCACUUAAAACCUACAGUUUGAGUGUCCAGUGUCCCAUUUCACAGCACAGCUCUGGCCUUGCACAGCACAAAGUGCCACUGCUAUCUCCCUCAGUCAUGAUUUUGGCUGGGACCACUGAAGGGAUUCCUGCUGGCUUCACCAUGUCAGAAAAGAGCUGACACAGCAUCUGGCAGAAGGCAGAGAGCUAUUUCUGAAGUGACUUGGAUGUUCCCACUCUGAGCUGGCAGCUUGUUUCAGAGAAAGCUGUAUGAAGGUGGCUGAGGCUGGAUUUGUUCACCUGCAGCCCAACAUAAAGGUGAAUUUUUGCAUCUCUGGAGCUGUUAAAAUUGUUUCAAGUUAAUGGCUUGAACAUUGCAAAAAUUAUCAGAGGACUUCUGGCCACUCUAGGAGACUGCAAAGAAACCUUGUUGUCCAUGUGUGAUCACGGAAGUCCACCCCUCCCCAAAUAUGCCUGCUAACUGGAAUUUGGACUGGGCAGGAACUUAAGGGAGAUACUGUUGUCCAGUCAUCCCAGGUCUGGGGAGAAAAGUGUAUUCACCAGUGACACUGGAAGAGAGACUGGGAUGCUGAUGGCUCCAACAUUCUUGGGGCGAGCUGCAGGUGAACAAUCCAGCCUCAGCCACCUUCGCACGGCUGGCUUUCUGAGACAGGCUGCCAGCUCAGAGUGGGAACAUCCAAGUCACUUCAGAAAUAGCUCUCUGCCUUCUGCCAGAUGCUGUGUCAGCUCUUUUCUGAUGAGGAAAGAGGCAAACCCUGUGAGGAGGGUACUGUCUCUUUGUCCUUACUCAAGUGAACUCAGCUGUGAUAACUCCCCAGCUGGGGAAGCACCGGGACAUUCAUACAUAGCCUGAAGGUUUUCAUCUCUGCUGAUGGGCCCUAACGGGCCAUCAUGGACUCACCUUCCUGAUGUUAUGGGUGGGUGUAUUGUCUUAGAAGGUGUCAAAGACUCAUCCAAUUGCAACUCUUUGCCCCAGGGGAGGUACCUGAGUGUUCCUACUUGAACUGGAGUGAAUGUAACCCCAGCAGAUGUUGUGUUUUGGGGAUUUCUCCCCACCACUUCUUUGGGAGGUCCCCACCAUAUGAUGGAGCCAGUCUACAACCAUCACUUUGACCAAGAAACAUGAAAAUUGCAACAACCCAGUCUCAUUGUGACGCCUACAGGUGGCAUUUCUACUGUUAUCCUUUCCUUGUCUUUCUUACCCAUUUUCUUAAGCAGUAUUUUUAUGCUUUGUAUUGCAUUAUUACGAUACAUUACAAUAACAAAAAUGGCUGUUUUACAAUGCAACCAAAUGGUUCUACAAUAAACCCUACAUGUGUAUAUUUACAAA